CCAAGUUAGGAACUGAAAAGUUACGUGGUUUUUAAUGUAAACCCCCAAACAAUCUUAAUUCUUAUUAAUAAUGGUUUAAAAGAAAAAGUGGAAGAAAUGGCCACAUCCGACACACCAAACGCUUUGUUAAAACGCAGUAAACGAAGUGUUGCGACGCAUUUUCGUGGGGAAUUUUCAAGGCAUCACAAUUCUCAAAAGCUCAAUGAAUUUCUUGACACAAUUUUAGACCCAACAGAAAAAUUAGAUGAUUCAGAUAAAGUAGAAUGGUGUAGAUGUCUAAUUGCAGGUGGUUCAACUUUUGAAGAAUUUUCUAAGACAGUACGACAGUUUGAUAAUGCUGUAACAUGUGGUUUGGUGUGGACGUCAAAUUUUGUGGCCUACAGAUGUAGAACCUGUGGUAUAUCACCUUGUAUGUCACUAUGUUCAGAAUGUUUUCAAGCAGGAAAUCAUGAGGGCCAUGAUUUUAACAUGUUUAAAAGUCAUGCCGGAGGAGCAUGUGAUUGUGGAGAUGUUAAUGUGAUGAAUCCAGACGGAUUUUGUCCACGACAUGGACCAGGUAGAAGAACUACUACAGUUACUCCUCCACCAGAUCUGUUAUCUAUAGCAGAGAUCAUGUUACCUAAAUUAAUGAUGAGACUUGUUUAUCAUCUUAGAUGUUAUAUCAAUAAUUCAUCGAAUCAAAGAGCCACUUUUUUGACUAUGUAUGAAUGUGAAAAAUUUGUUAGUUUUCUCCACUCCCUGGCUGAUAUGGGAGCAGCUAUGAGAUCUGUUUUUGCUAAAGCUUUGACAAAUACAGAGGUUUAUGAGAAUCUGACCAAAGUAGGUACAAAAGAUGAAGGUGGGAGAAGUCAUUAUUACACUGAGAGUCAGAAAUGUUAUCAAACUAUUCUAACUUUAUCAAUGUAUCCACAGGGAUUUGAGAGAUACCAAAAUAAGCCUGGUUUAAAUCAGAAGAUAGUACAUAAAUCUCUAUUAGAAGAAUUAGUAUUUUGGAUAGUAAAGUAUGAUUUUCCUACCAACAUCAACACACUACUGUUAAAAAUGUUACCAGAAGAUGACUACAAGAUUGCUUUUGCUAAAGCGUAUGUACAACACUACAGUCGUACUGCCCUAGUACUGUGUACAACAAGAGAACGGGUUAUUGUUGCUAACAGAGUUGUGCAUAUCAGUGUUCAGUUGUUUAGUAACGAGAGUCUAGCAUUCAAGAUGGCUGAUGAAUACAAUCUUCUGUAUGCUAUAGUGAUAUGUCUAACUCAUAUGUUGGAGAAUCACACCAUACCAAGUACAUUGGAAGAUGCCACAGGUGAGCCAAACUUCCAUCAGGUUGUUGAUUGUAGUAAUGAAAUAAUGAAAGAUCAUUGUUAUUGGUCGAUUGUCACCGAUUUUAUCAAUCUAUUAUCACAUCGUAGAAUAACAUUAAAGUUUUUAGAGGAUGAAGAACUGGUGACAUUAUGGGUUGAAAUGCUGUCAUACCUACAAGGAAUGAAUUUAAAUCAGAGAGAAGUGAAUCAACAUGUAGAAUUUGAACCUGAUACGUAUUACGCUGCCUUUUCUGCUGAACUAGAAAUAUCUGCUCUUCCUAUGUGGUCUAUAUUACAACACUGUAAAACACCUGAAACAUCUUCCUUAACUUUACGAAUGAUAGCGGCAUGUCAGACAGCUCUACAAGAUUGGUUUGAUGCCAUUAAUAUUACAGAAAAUUCGAAGCCAAAUCCAAACCAGUUGACCUUUCACCUUCCAUUACAUCGUUACCUAGCAACAUUUAUGAUGCAGGCUGUGCAAUAUCAGGGAAUAGAACUGGCCGUCAUUUUACCAGAUGAAGACAUGCUGAAGAAAAUCUUAGUUCACGUUCUUCAAACCCAGGUGUGUAUGUCACAGAUAUUUGCUGGUAUGUGGGUUAGAAAUGGUAUUCAGAUACGUGGACAGGCCAUGACCUACGUUCAGUGUCACUUCUGCUAUUCUAUGUCUGACGCAGAUUUACAUCUUACACAAGUCUGUGCCUCGAAAUUAGAUCCAGAUUAUUUUGUGAGGACUGUUUUAGAAAGAUUUAAUGUAUUAGAUUGGUUAUCAUUCUCAUCAACAACCGAUAUAAAUAACAUUAAACUGACUGCUGAUCAACAAGUAGCUAUGGUGGAAGGUGUUCUUGCUUACUUUACAGCUCUUCUUAGUAUCAGAACUUAUUUAGGUAUUACAGAACAAGCAUUGAUAAGAGAAGAAAUGGUGGCUUUGUUGUGUAUGAGUGAUCAGCAACAUAGUCAGUUGCUGGACCUUAUGCCAGAAAAAUCAGGAAAUUCUAGCAGAAACAAAGAACUGUUUGAACCUAUUUUGAAACAGAUAGCAGAUUUUAAGGCACCAAAUUUUGAAGCUGGUGGAGGAAUGCAACAAGGAACAUAUGUACCUAAAGGUUUUCUGUGGGAGACUGAAUAUGAUCCAGUUAAAGUUGUACAAAGAGCUGUAUAUAAAAAGGAUGUACAAUCAGCUUUAGAUAGAUACACACAACAUAUAAAGAAGAAUUGUAAUUAUAAAGAGAAAGGAUCACCAUGGCCACCAUAUAGAAUGCCUGCAGAUAUACAUCAUAGUUAUAAAGGAUUAUUUAAGAUAUUAAACUGUAAAACCAUGCAUGCAUUUCUAUAUAUAGUCUUGUAUAAGGCUGUUAAAUGUGAAACCAAUCUACCAGACAGUAUUCUAUAUCAUUGUAUUCAUCUACUAUCCAUGGCUUUUCAUUUUGCACCAAGAAAAUCUACAGUUAGAAAGACCAGAGUUGGAGCUGGUACCGUGUCAGAUUGUCAGUUAAAAGACUGGUUCUCUAAUUCUGAUAUCCGUCAUAAUGUUUGUGAAGUAAUAGACGAGGUUAUAAUACAUACUGAUAACACAAGUGAUAUAGAGACAGAAGAAUCGUGUACUAUGAAUGUUGAUAUGGACUCAAAUAGUUUAGUGGAAAUGUUUGAUCUAGCGACAAGUAAUGUAGUUGUUGAUAGUGCUGGUCCUAUGACAUCGGCAAAAGUUGGACAGAAACCGAUAAUUACCAUGAUAUCAAAACCUGGAAGUGUCAGCAGUUCUUCUUUUACAAGUUCCUCUCACUCUUCUGGUGCCAAACCAAAAUACGAAAGUCACACAGUACCUACGGAACAAUCACACGGACAAUCAGUGUCUUUUAAAAUGGAGGAGAGUAUGAUAAGUCUGUUAAUAAAACUACAUUCGAAGCUGUCAGGAAAACCAAACUCCUAUACUCCUAUCUCUGUGAAAAACCGUGAACCUGUGACAUCAUGUAUAGGCGAUGGACUCCAUUUUAUAUCACGAUUAUUAGACAGUAUAGCUAACACUAACAGUGACUGUGCUACUGCUGUUAAGCAGGUCUAUACAGCUUGUAAACCCAAGGACACCAAAGAUAGUCAGACUCAGAGUAAAAAUGAUGAAAGUGAAGCGAAAUCACGAGAGACCAGACGACGUAAAGCUGCAGCAAGGCAAGAAAAACUUAUGGCAGAGUUUGCUUCAAAACAGAAAGCUUUUAUGGAGCAAGCUAUGGAGGGAGAAGAUGAUGGAGUUGAUGAUGGUGUAAAAGAUGAAGGAAUGGAUAUAACAGCAGAUGAAGGUUAUGAUUGUGUGAUAUGUAGUCAGUGUACAACAUCAACAGCUGAAAGACCAGUAGGAUUAGUUGUAUUCUUUCAGGCUAGUAGUGUACUGGGUCAUUGUCCGAAAGUUGAAGUAGAGACGCCAGUUAGUAUUAUAGAGAAACGAUAUCCACGUCUAUCAAAUAGAGCUAUGGUUCAACGCAGAAGAUUAGAUGAACUUUGUAAAGACUUGAAUGAGGCGUCCUGUCAAAUGUCUGUUAAUAUUGGAUGGGAAGGUGGGGUCAUAGUUCAAACAUGUGGUCACUUUCUACAUCUUGAUUGUCAUAGUUCAUACAUCAAAUCUUUAAAGUCCCAGGAGAAUACGGAUAAUUUAGCUGUAAAGAAAGGAGAAUACUGGUGUCCAUUAUGUCGACAAUUAUCUAACUCGGUUAUACCUAUGGUACCAGAAGAAAACAAACAUGUAUUGGUUAAACCCAUAUCACAUGACCCAAAACAAAUGAUGGCUGAUUUAGCUGAGAUGAUGGUGACACGACCAAUUACACCGGGUUCAAAAGAUUUAACUCGAGCAAUGGGAAGUGUCAUGGAAGAUUUACUACAUACAACCUACCCCAGAUUUCGCUCAUUGUUUGGUAGGAUAGGUACUGAUUCAGUCUAUCUUUUGUUUGUUUGCUCUGUUGCCAGGACUAAUUUAGAAUUACAGUUAUUAGGACUUGGUGGCCAGUUAAACCAACAACAAGUUCAAAACAUUAGCAAGAAAAACAGUUUCUUACCAUUAUUACAUGUAUUAAGUCUACACAGUAAGCUGAUAACAUUAGCACCAACACCUUAUACAGAUCUAUGGACACAUAUUACUGGUAUUAAUUUAACAGCAGAAUCGUCAAGUAUAACUCUGUAUCAGAAAGAUGUACCGCUAUUAUUGAAAGAUAUUUCAUCACUUCUCAUACAGUUCAUCCUAACUUUACCAUUUACUAUUAAAGAAGAACAUUAUACGUUUUUAGUCCAGAUGUUAUAUAAUGCGUUAUAUGUACAGGCUCUAACUGUGAUAAUCUGUAAAUUCGGAGCUGAAGAACGAGAAGCAUGGAGAAAGAAGGGAAGACAUGCUACUGUAGAAACAUUAGAAGGAAUGUUAAGUCAUCUUAUAACCAGAUUAAACUGUAGCAGAUUAUUUGAACAAGAAGAAAUGGAUCAUUCUUUUCCUGCUAUUUGUCAGAGUGUUUGGUCCCCACAGAGUGUAGCUAUGAGUCUACAGGAACAUAUUCUACCAUUUAUAAGGAUAGCAGUUUUAUUAAAACUUCACCUGUUUAAAACAACACUUCCGGAAAAUCAAAAGGAGAGUGAAUAUCUAUAUCUAUGUAAAAUAUUAAACUUAUCUAGUAAGGAAUCUUUGUCUCAAACAGAGGUUACUAGUACAUCAUUUGUUAAAUGGGCUACAACAGAACCUUUACAGUUAACUAGAGCAUGGUGUGUUGAUUUCAUGAACUAUGCCAAUCUUAAUCCAGACAGAGGCAGGUCUUUAUUAAUGGUGAAUCAGACGUGGUAUAGACCUCGACUUCUGUCAUUACCAACUCAAUAUUAUAAAAUAUUUCAACACUAUCGUAAUCAGACAUGUUCGACAUGUACCGGAACACCCAAAGAUCCAUCAAUAUGUUUAAUCUGUGGUGAAUUCCUGUGUUUCCGUGAACAGUGCUGUAAACAGAACACAAUGUUUGAAUGUGUUCAGCAUUCUAUAUCGUGUGGUGCUGGAACUGGUAUGUUUCUCUUGGUUAAUUCAAGUAUAAUAGUUGUUAUACGAGGAGCACGAGCUACUCUCUGGGGAUCAGUUUAUCUCGAUGAACAUGGCGAAGAAGAUCGGGAACUAAAACGAGGUAAACCACUAUAUCUAAGUAAAGAACGUUACGACUUACUGGAACAACAGUGGAUAAAUCACAACUUUGAUCAUGUGUGCAAGAAAUGGAUCUGGCAUAAAGAUAGACUUUAAUAAGAAUGUUAGAGGAAAUACUGUAAAUAAUAAAUUUAUGUGAGCAAGAAAUUAAUGUGAGCAAAAUAAUAAUGCCAGCAAAAAAUUAAUGCCAGCAAGAAAUUAAUGUGAGCAUGAAAUUAAUGUGCACAUGCAAUUUAACCAUAAGUUUAUUGAAAAAUUAAGGUGAACAAGAAAUUAAUGUGGGAGAAUGCUAGAUCGGAGACGGUCCUGCACAUAUGACAUCAUAUAUGGAUUGUGGGUUGGGGUUAGGCUUUGUCCAGGCUUAGGGUUAGGGUUAGCACUAGCCCAGUUUACAUCUCAAGACUUUGACGAAAUCUGCUGGUCCUCACCCUUGCCCUAACCCAUUAUCCACAAAUGACGUCAUAUGUGCUCAAAUGUUCAGGAUCGUCUCUGAUCUAGCAUUCUCCAUUAAUGUGGCCAUAAAAAAAAUUAAUGUGAACAAGAAAUUAAGUUGAACACGAAAUUAAUGUGAGCAAAAAGUUAAUGUGAGCAUAAAGUUGAGCAAAAGAUUAAUGUGAGAAAGAAAUUAAUGUGAGCACAAAGUUAAUAUUAGCAAAAAACUAAUGCCAACAAGAAAUUAAUGUGAUCAAAAAAUGAAUCAAUCAAGAAAUUAUUGUGAACAAGAAAUUAAAGAGAUCAAAAAAUUAUGACCAAGUUGAGAAAUGUAUAAUUAAACAUACAUUGUGCAAGAGCAAAAUCUGAUUAUUGCAAGUCUUAAUUUAGGCUUCAGAUGUUAUAGAAAUUAUAAAUUAGAUCUUUAUUUAAACAACAAGCCCACAAUCAACUCUGUAGACCCACGGAUGGCUCGGCUACAGCUCGGAUUUAAAUAGGAUUUCACUUAUCAAUUAAUUCAAAUAUGGCGCAUCCUGAUGAGAAUACGUCACGCUAAAUGAUAGAGUGUACUUAGCGAGGCCGCUGUAGAGCGUUUCCGCAUGCCAUUGAAAACUUUUCUUGAUAAUUGAGAUUUGUAGGUGGAGUUAACGCCUGUCAAUCAAACGAUCAGCCACGGUGAAGGCACAUUUCACUACCAUUUCUAGUCAAAUAUUACAACGAUGAUAACUAUGUUCAGAAUAAAGUAAUUUGACUGAAAUUUUCAAAAUAUUCUUCUUUCAUCAUCUACUUUUAAAUUGUUAUAGCAAGAAUGGCCAAUUCUCUGUAAAAAUCUCCCAUAAUGUAUCUUUAAUGCAAGCAAGAAAUCAGUGUAUGAAAUGCAACAUACCAGUAGUUACAUUUGUUUCAAUAUGCAUUUCAGUUCUAAAUAUAGGCAUUGUUGUCAAGCACAACACCCUUCAAAACAAUAAACUAAUCAAUGAUGAUUCAUUAGUUGAUAGGCUGUUGAUGAUAAUACAAGUGUAAUUAUCUGAUAAUUAAAUUUCUACUUUGUUCAACUUGAUAAAGAAACCACCCCUCGUAAUUUUAGAGGAUACAACAAGUCACAUUAAUUGUUGUUAGCUUGGAUUCCGUGAACUACUAACUUUUGAAUUUUGUUGUUAGCUUGGAUUCCAUGAACUACUAACUUCUGAAUUUUGUUGUUAGCUUGGAUUCCGUGAACUACUAACUUCUGAAUUUUGUUAUUAGCUUGGAUUCCUUGACUUACUAACUUUAAAGGUGUAUGACAUAAUAGUCGUGUAUGUGUCAUUUCAACCAUUUUAUCGGAGACAUGAAAUGUAACUGUACAAAAAUCAUUUUUUCUUGGCAACUACAUAAACGACACCAUUCUCCAUUCCCCCCAGAUGUUUAAGACUACAGUGCAUGUUAGAAAGGCUUAUGACAGUGUCAAAAAUAUAUUUCAUCUUACCCGACCCCCCCCCCCCCCCCACACACACACACACACAUUUUGAGGCCCUAUUGAGUCAACCUGGCAAGAUUCUCAGAUUGGCCAUACCAUUUAAACAUACAUUAUCUUCCUUUUGGCCUGAAAUGUUAUCUAAAUUAUUAAUUAGACAUUUAUUAACUUAUUCAGACCAUAAUCAACUCUCGAUGUCAACGCUAGUCUGCGAUAUUUAUUGGAUUAUGAACUGAUUUGAUGCUCUACACUCAUUCUUGAUUAAAUCAAGAAAUGGAUAAUCAAGACUUUAUCGUACUGACUUCAGUAAUGAUGAUCGAGGCUACGCCAAAAUUUCAAUCGAUUAAUUCUCGGUUCAUAGUGGAUCAAUUUGACUGAAAUUUUCAGCAAAUUCCCUUUACAUUAUCUAGUUUUUAACUAUUCUAGUGAGAACUGCGAGCUCUUCUUAUCUCCCAUAAUGUAUCUUUAAUUUAGCUGGAAUUGUGUUUUACUGAAGGUUUAUUGUUUGCCACCUGGUGCUAAUGCGAAGUUUAAAAUGAUUGUUAAAUCUGUUUAUAUUGUAAAAACCCUGUUAAAUUGUCAUGUUUUUAUCUUGUAUAUAAAUGAGAUCAUUGAUUUAAUUUCUUGUAUUGUUAUUGUAUAUUUAAAAUAAUGUAUAUUAAUAUCUAAUGUAGAUAAGUGUACACUUACAACUUAUAUCCCUGUAAUAUUUCAAAUUUCUGGUAUUUAUAACUCAAAAUAAUAUGAGCUUUACUUUUUGUUAUUAGUUUUAUGGUACCACAUUUAAAGAUACCUUCCCAUGUACAGAGAGAGAGAGAAAUGGGGUUUAACGUCCACUCGACACAAACUAGGUCAUUUCGGGACUAACACAUGAUUCAAUUUCAUUUCAAUAAUUCGCUUGCGCGCCUUUGUCUGUAGCAGUGGGAGGAAAUCAGAGGACCUGGAGAAAACUCACGAGGUUGGACAGGAGACCCUACUCCUUGUCACGUCUAACCAGGGAAUCGAAACCACGCCAGUUGACUCAAUGACAGACAGUAUGAUACAGCUCCCACAUGCUAACCAUUCGGCCAUCCAUCCGUCCCCACCACUCCCACAUACAUUCUGUGUGAUUUGAUGAUAUAUCUGAACUAAAAGUCCAUUUGUAUAUUCAAACUAAUUUAAAUUUAUCAUGAGGUUGCUUUUAAUCC